AUUACAUUUCCUACAGUGGUGUGCCGAGGUUCUUGACGAGGCCCAAAGCCUUUGUGGUCUCCAUGGGCAAAGAUGCCACCCUGAGCUGCCAGAUCAUUGGCAACCCCAUCCCUUUGGUGAACUGGGAGAAGGACAAACUCCCCAUCCAGACGGGAGGACGCUUCAAGAUGGUAGAAGACGAUGACCUUUAUCGUCUCACCAUUUACAACCUGAGCUUGGAGGACAGUGGUCAGUACAUCUGCCGGGCCAAGAACACAAUUGGGGAAGCCUUUGCCGCUGUCAGCAUCAAAGUCGGCGAGCAGACCACGGUGACAGAAUCGGCCCCAUAUUUCAUCCAGAAGCCCACAUCCAUCCGAGUGAUCAUGGGUGAAGACGCCAUGUUCAAGUGCAUCGUCCAAGGUAGUCCUCCCCUCGCCAUCAACUGGGAGAAGGACGGGAAGCAUCUGGGGAAAUUGUCAGACUCCAACCGGAUCCGGAUUGAAUCCCAGGGCGAGAAGAAUGCUCUGAAGAUCCAAAAUACUCAUUUGGGAGACAGCGGGACCUACACUUGCCACGCAGAGAAUCCUUUAGGAUCCUCUAGUGCAGCUGCUGCGUUGAUGGUAGAUCUUCCAGAUUCAUACAGCCCAGGCAGCACGAGACACAGUAUAGAUGACAUCAGUAGCAAGACCUCUCCGUUGUUGUCCCACAUGCAGAAAAGACGAGAAGAAAUCCGGAAGGGCGAUUUGUCCAAAGUAGACUCCUUGAUCUCCACUGAAGGACGGUCCAAACUCGGAUUGAGCUUGUCCUUGGAUUACGAACGGGCUGCUAGUUUGACCUCCAAGGGACUCCGAGGCGAUGGAGGUUCAUAUUAUCGGGUCACCACCCGGAGUUUCACUGUCACAGAGGGCAAGCACGCCAAAAUGAGCUGCUACGUAACCGGAGAACCCAAACCGGAGACAGUUUGGAAGAAGGACGGAGAGGUGAUCAUGGAGAGCCGGAGACACAUAAUUUACGAGGACGAGCAAGAGAAUUUUGUCUUGAAGAUCCUCUUCUGCAAACAGGUCGAUAAUGGCCUCUACACCUGCACAGCUUCAAAUUUGGCGGGUCAGACCUACAGUUCUGUGUUGGUGACCGUAAAAGAACCGAAAAUACCUUUCAAGACAAAACUCCAAGAUUUGGAAGUUCGGGAGAAGGACUCCGUGAUCUUCUUGUGUGAAGUGCCCUGUUCUGAUAUAGAGACCACUUGGUUCAAAGAGGAGACCAGACUUCAACAGAAUGACAAGUACAAGAUUGAAGAAGAUGGGAUAUGCCGCAAGCUCACCAUCCAAAAUGUCACCAUGGAUGAUGAUGCUGUCUACAUUUGCGAGAUGAAGGAAGGCAGCAGAACCAUUGCUGAAUUGAGCGUUCAAGGCAACAUUGUCAAGAAACUGCCAAGGAAGACAGCUGUCAGCAUAAAAGACACUGCAGUGUUUUCGGUGGAACUGGAACAGAAGUGCGAGAAGUUCCGAUGGUUGAAGAAUAAGGAAGAAUUAAAACCCAGCAGUCGCAUUUCAAUCUCCUCCACAGACAGGGAAUACACCAUGAUCAUCCGGGAUUGUCAAAUGGAAGAUGGAGGAGAAAUUGUCUUUGUGGCUGAUGAAUGUAGAACAUCCACACAAUUUACUGUCUCUGCUCCAAAGAAGCCCCCAUCACAUCCUCCAGCUGACCCAGUGGUGAAAAACAAAACAGAAACCUCAGUGACGUUAGCUUGGUCUCUUCAGAAGACGGACCGGCCUAUCCCGAUUGAUGGCUACCUUAUUGAACGUAAGAAGCUGACAGGAUUCACAUGGCUGAGGUGCCACCAAGCUCUGGUGUCCCAAACUGAGUUCACGGUCAACAACAUGACUGAAGAGGCUGACUACCAAUUCCGAGUUUCUGCAGUCAACAAAUAUGGCCAAAGUGAUUAUCUGGAAUUUCCUGGAGUCUGGCAUCUUGAACCUACCCUGGCAGUGAAAACCCCUAUGAGAAAUGUUGAAGUUGCACCAGGGAGAGAUGCAACUUUCACUGUGGACCUCACCACCCCUAGUCCCGGCUCAUGGUACAUCAAUGGCAACCUUGUCCAGAACAGUGACAAAUACAUAAUUACGAGAACCAAAGCAAGCCACAGUUUAAUCAUUAAGCGGGUCACCAGUGCUUUCAAGGAGGCAGAGGUGAAAUUUGUAGCCAAGGAUAUCGAAAGCAUUGGAAGAGUCACCCUGAAAGAUGAAGUGGCCACAUUUGUCAAUGAGUCAGCCCCCGGGAUUUCAGUCAACCUUUGUGAGAAGUUUGAGCUGGUUUGUGAGGUGUCCUCAGCUACUGAUGCAGUCUUGUGGAAAAAGGGGAAGAAGGACAUCAAGCCAGACCAAAGGGUAACAUUUUCCGUUCAGGGAAAACAGCGAAAACUUAUUGUCCAAAACGCUAUCAAGGAAGAUGAAGGGGUUUAUAGCUGUGAAUCAAAAGAUGACCAACUAACCUUCCAGGUGGAGGUCAAAGAGCCUACAGAGGUCUUUUUCGACAAGGAGAAAGUCCAGAAAGAAAUCAGAGCUAUUCUCUCAGAAAAUGCCUUUCUCAGCUGUGAAGUGGCACAGCCCACGAUUGAAGCGAGAUGGUUCAAGGAUGGGAAACUCAUCACCCCCAGCAAGAAAUUCAAGAUUGAAACAGAAGGGAAAUCUCGCUGGCUGAUUAUCCGACAAGCUGAUAGGAAGGAUGGAGGUCAAUACACCUGUGAAGCAGAUGGCCAGAAACUGGCCUUCAAAGUGAUUGUAACAGAUAGAGAAGUUGAGGAAAUAUUUGUCAACCAGAAGAAGGUCCAGAAGGACAUCAAGGCUGUGGCUUCAGAGAACGUCUCUCUCAGCUGUGAGGUGGCUCAGACCAAGACAGAUGUUAAGUGGUACAAAGAUGGAAAGCUGAUCACUGACACCAAGAAGUUCAAAAUAGAAGAACAAGGUGCAUCCCGUUGUCUAAUUGUUCAACAGGUGGAGAAGAAAGAUGCAGGUGAAUAUACCUGUGAAGCUGAUGGCCAGAAGCUCACCUUCAAAGUCACGGUUGCAGAUAGAGAAGCUGAGGAGAUUUUUGUCAACAAGGAGAAGAUCCAGAAGGAUAUCAAGGUUGUAGCUUCAGAGAAUGUCUCUCUCAGUUGUGAGGUGGCCCAGGCCAAGACAGAUGUCAAGUGGUUCAAGGAUGGGAAAUUGAUCACCUCCAGCAAGAAAUUUAAGGUGGAAGCAGAAGGUAGAUCCCGGCAUCUGAUUGUACAACAGGUGGAAAAGAAAGAUGGUGGUGAAUACACCUGUGAAGCUGGUGGCCAGAAGCUGAACUUCAAAGUUGCAGUUGUAGAUAGAGAAACUGAGCAGAUGUUUACCAACAAGGAGAAAGUCCAGAAGGACUUCAAGGCUGUGGCUUCAGAGGAUGUCUCCCUCAGCUGUGAGGUGGGCCAGGCCAAGGCAGAUGUCAAGUGGUUCAAGGAUGGGAAAUUGAUCACCUCCAGCAAGAAAUUCAAGGUGGAAGCUGAAGGGAGAUCCCGGCGUCUGAUUGUUCAACAAGUGGAGAAGAAGGAUGGCGGCGAAUACACCUGUGAAGCUGGUGGCCAGAAGCUCAUUUUCAAAGUUGCAGUUACAGAUAGAGACGCUGAGGAGAUGUUUGCCAACAAGGAAAAGAUUCAGAAGCACAUCCAGACUGUUCCUUCAGAGACUGUCUCUCACAGCUGUGAGGUGGCCCAGGCCAAAACGGAUGUCAAGUGGUUCAAGGAUGGGAAACUGAUCACUGCCAGCAAGAAAUUCAAGGUAGAAACAGAUGGCAGAUCCCGGCAUCUAAUUGUACAACAGGUGGAGAAGAAAGAUGCAGGUGAAUAUACCUGUGAAGCCAAUGGCCAGAAGCUGAACUUCAAAGUCACGGUUGCAGAUGAAAAAGUUAAAGAGGCGUUUGUCAACAAAGAAAAGGUCCAGAAGGACAUCAAGGUUGUAGCUUCAGAGGAUGUCUCUCUCAGCUGUGAAGUGGCCCAGGCCAAGGCAGAAGUGAAAUGGUUCAAGGAUGGAAAACUGAUCACCAUGAGCAAGAAAUUCAAAGUAGAAGCACAAGGUGGAUCCCGUUGUCUCAUUGUGCAACAGGUGGAGAAGAAAGAUGCAGGUGAAUACACCUGUGAAGCUGAUGGCCAGAAACUAACUUUCAAAAUCACAGUUGCAGAUAGAGACGCUGAGAUGUUUACCAACAAGGAGAAGGUCCAGAAGGACAUCAAGGCUGUGGCUUCAGAGACCAUCUCCCUCAGCUGUGAGGUGACCCAUGUCAAGACAGAAGUCAAAUGGUUCAAGAAUGGGAAAUUGAUCACCUCCAACAAGAAAUUCAAGGUAGAAGCAGAAGGCAGAUCCCGGCGCCUGGUUGUUCAACAGGUGGAGAAGAAAGAUGAAGGUGAAUACACCUGUGAAGCUGGUGGCCAGAAGCUCAUCUUCAAUGUCACCAUAGCAGAAGCUGAGGAGAUGUUUGCCAACAAGGAGAUGUUCGAGAAGGACCUCAAGGUUGUGGCUACAGAGACCAUCUCUCUCAGCUGUGAGGUGGCCCAGGCCAAGACAGAUGUCAAGUGGUUCAAGGAUGGGAAAUUGAUCCCCUCCAGCCAGAAAUUCAAGAUAGAAGCCGAAGGCAGAUCCCGGCGUCUGGUUGUCCAACAGGUGGAGAAGAGAGAUGAAGGUGAAUACACUUGUGAAGCUGGAAAACAGAAGUUGACUUACAAAGUUGUUGUUGAAGAAGCUCCUGAAGUCUUUACAAAUAAGGACAAAAUGAAGAAGGAGGUCAGGACAGUCCUGAAGGAGAAUGCCAUUUUGACCUGCCAGGUGGCCACUUCGGACACUCAGGUGGAAUGGUACAAAGAUGGACAACGCAUCCCCAUCAGCAGACACAUCAAGAUGGAAUCAGAUGGAACCACUCGUAAACUGUGUCUGGAGCAAGUGGCAAUGAAGGACGUUGGAGAGUAUACCUGUGAAGCAGGUGGCCAGAAAGUGACUUUCAAGGUGGAAGCAACAGAACCAGAGGUCAAACUCCAAAGAAAAGCUGCUCAGGAGGAGACCAUUGUUGCUCAGGAGCACAAGGAGGUCAUCUUUUCCGCCAUGGUAUCACCUGAGGAUGCUGAGGUCAAAUGGUUCAAGGACGGAGUUGAGAUCCAAGAUGGUAAGAACUAUGAGGUCAAGAAGGAAAAGGCGGCUAGGACCUUGAUUGUGAAGACAGCCGAAACAAAAGAUGCUGGUCUGUACACCUGCGAAACUAUGAGUGAGAAACAGCAGUUCCAACUCAAGGUGGAAGAAAUACCAGUUAAGUUUGCCAAAAAGCUAGAGCCCAUAAAAGCUGAGCUCGGAAAAGCUUUGAGCUUGAGUUGUGAACUCAGCCAGCCCGAAGGCACGGUUGUGUGGCGCAAGGAUGGAACAAUCCUUAAAGCCAGCAAGCACUACCUAAUGCAAGAAAUUGGUGCCAAGAGAGUGCUGGUCAUCUCCAGCUUACGAGCAGAGGACAAGGGAGAAUAUUCAUGUGAGACAAGGAAUGACCAAUGCACCAUUCAAGUCACACCCACAGCACCUCGCGUUGUGAAGUUUGUCAAGGGCCUCUCCAAAGUUGUGGCAGAAGAAGGCAAAGAGGCAGUUUUUGAAUGUACCGUCUCCCCCAGCGACACAUCCGUAAAGUGGAGCCACCGCGGCGCCCCGAUUGAAGCCAGCAAGAAAUAUGUCGUUUCUCAUCGGGAUGUCCAUCAUAGUCUCACCCUCACUGAACUGACAGUCCAGGACAGUGGGGAAGUCACCGCCGAAGCUGAAGGAGAAGAGAGCCGGGCAUACCUCCGAGUGGAAGAAGCGCCAGUGUUAUUCGUGAAGAAGUUGGAGGCCAAAGUUGUAGAAGAGAAGCAGAUGAUUGUCCUCGAAGUUGAGCUAUCUAAGCCAACCCCAGAGGUAAAGUGGACAAAGAACGCGACUAUCCUUCACCCAACGGCCAAUCUGGAGAUCCAGGCCCAGGGAACAAAGCACUGCUUGGUGAUCAGGAGCGCAUCCUGUGACGAUCGUGGAUUUUAUUCCUGCGAGACCCUCCAUGAUAAGACGCAAGCCAAGGUCACUGUAGACAUGAGACCCAUCAAACUGAUCAAAGGCCUGCAACCGACAGAUGUUCAUGAGAAAGAAUCAGUCACUUUUGAGGUGGAACUGUCCCAUGAAGAUGUGGAAGCAGUUUGGAUGAAGGAUGGUCUCCGUCUCAAGUCUCAGGACAACUGCCAGAUAUCUGUCCAAGGGAAGAAGCACUCACUGACCCUCUCGUCCCUGACAUUGGAAGAUUCAGCUCUUAUUUCCUUCAAGGCCGAAGGGAUUCACACCACCAGCAGGCUUAAUGUGAAAGAAUCCCCUGUGAAAAUCAUCACACCUUUAAAAGAUCUCAAAGUUCAGAACAAGGAUGACGUAACCCUCGAGUGCGAACUUUCCAGGGCCAACGUGGAAGUGAAGUGGCGUAAGAAUGGAGUGGAGAUCCGGCCAAGUAAAAAGAUGGUCAUCGCUUCUAGAGGAACAAAGAGAAGCAUCAUCAUUCAUACAUGCGAAUACGAAGACCAAGGAACAUACAUGUGUGAUGCGGUAGAUGAUAAGAGCUCAGCUGUUUUGGAGAUCUAUGCCCGGGACAUCAAGAUUAUAAAACCAUUGGAAGAUGUUGAAGUGAGCGAAAAAGAAAGUGCUUCUUUCCUUUGCGAGAUUUCGCAUGAUGAUGUCCAAACCCAGUGGUUCAGUAACAAAAACAAAAUCCGGGCUGGAGAGAACAUCAAAUUACGUCAAGAAGGGAAAAGUCACACACUGGUUUACCGCAGUGUGGAGUUGCAGGAUUCCGCAGAAAUAAAAUUUGUGGCCGAAGCUGCACAAUCUCAAGCUCAACUUAAAGUCAAAGAACUACCAGUCAAGAUAAUUAAACCCCUACGGGUGAAGAUAGCCAUAGAAAGACACCGAGGUUUUAUGGAAUGCCAAGUUUCUCGUCCAAAUGCCAUCGUUAAGUGGUUCAAGGGGGACCAAGAACUCCAUCCCAGCCAGAAGUAUGAGAUGGUGAGCGAUGGGACCUACCGGAAACUUAUCAUCAAUGAGACCGAGUUUGAGGAUGAGGGGAUUUACACCUGCAAUGCCGUGGAUGAUAAGAGCAGUGCUCAGUUCUACGUAGAAGAACAAACCAUCAACAUCGUGAAGGAGCUGAGAGACGUGGAGGUAAUGGAACCAGCUGAAGCCCGCUUUGAGUGCGAAAUCUCCGUCCAUUCCGUGAAGCCCCCCAAAUGGUCUCUCCGUGGGGAAGUGCUACAGAAGGGCCCAAAUGUCAUCAUAGAGCAAGAGGGGAAAAUCCAUCGGCUGAUCUUGAGGAAAACCAAUGUGGAUAUGACAGGCACCAUCCAAUUUGCCAUUGGAAAGUCCAAAUCCUUGGCUGAUCUGGUGGUCAAAGAUAUUCCGGUGAUCUUCACCAGACCUCUAGAAGACAGGACAGUCCUGGAAACGCAUUCGGUGGUCCUCUCUUGUGACUUCAAGCCAUCCCCAAAAGAGGUUGAGUGGUACAGGAACCACACAUUGCUGGAACCUUCUGAGAAAUUUAAGAUGAAGAGGGAGAAGUUCACAGCAGAGCUCAAAAUCCUGAGAUUGACUGUCGGGGAUUCAGGUGUCUACCGAUGCAAAGCCGGAAGCGCAGAGACGAAAGCCACGUUGACCAUUUUGGAACGCAAAGUGGAGAUCACCAAACAUCUGCAGGAUGUGGAGGUUGAUGAAGAGAGCUUGGCCACCUUCUCCUGUGAGUUGUCUGAAGAUUGUGAGGAUGUUGAAUGGUUCCUCAAUGACACCCACCUCUUCCCCAACAACUUCAAUGAGAUAAAGCAUUUGGGCAAGUCCCACAGCCUGACGCUGAAGCAUGUCACACCAGAAGACAGUGGGACAGUGACCAUCAAAGUUCAGAAGAAAACCUCUGAGAGCACCCGGCUGAAGGUGAAAGAGAAGCCAGCCGUUUUCAUGAAAUCUCUGGAUGACGUGGUUGCUGAGGAACGAAGCACUAUCACACUGGAGUGUGAAGUCUCAAAAUCAAAAGUGAAACCGGUGUGGAAGAAGGAAGGGGUGGAACUAACCCCAGGAGAUAAAUAUGAGAUGCUGCAAUCUGGGAAAACCCUGGGACUCACCAUCCGAGAUCUCGGCAAGGAUGAUGCUGGAUGGUACACGUGUGACCUUGGGAUGGACAUCGCCAAGUCUAAAGUCAUCAUUCAAGAGCUAAAUAUCGGCAUCACAAAGCGUCUAAAAAGUGUUGAAGUGCAGGAAGGAGAGGGUUGUAGCUUCGAAUGUGUCCUCUCACAUGAGAGUCUGGAUGGUUGUCAGUGGCUAAUCAAUGGGAAUGAAGUCAGCCAUGAUGCCCGAUUCCGAGCCUUCAACAAAGGAAGGAAAUACACCCUCACAAUCAAGAAAACCUUAAUUACCGAUGCCGGUGAAGUAGUUUUUUCCGUCCGCGAUUUAAAAUCCAAAGCAUCUCUAGCGGUGAAAGAAAAACCCGCAGAAUUCACAAAACAGCUGGAGGACAAGUCCACUUUGGUGGGACGUGAAGUCAGCCUAAGUUGUGACUUAUCCAGAUGGGACAACAACCUGAAGUGGAAGAAGGAUGGCAAAGAGAUUCGGAGGAGUCAAAAAUACGACCUACGUCAGGAAGGCACCCGGUCGAUUUUAAUCAUCCAUGACACCACAAUGAAAGAUGGUGGAGAAUAUACCUGCGAGACUGAAUUUUCCAAAACAAAAGCCACGCUAUCGGUGGAAGAAGCUGGAAACUGCUUUGUGAAGGAUCUUGAGGACUUGAAGGUGGAGGAGAACAAGAAUGCCACCCUCACUUGCGAAACCAAGAAACCAACUUCUUCUGUGACAUGGAGGAAAGGCAUUCUUGACCUUCAAACUAGCCAGAAAUAUGAGAUCAGCCAAAAAGGGACAGUCUUGCAACUCCUCAUCAAAGACCUUAAAGAAAAUGAUAGUGACAUCUACACUUGUGACAUUGGUGACAGCCAAUCCAGUGCAAAGCUGGUGGUGCAAGGCCUGCCGGUAGUUUUUAACCAAGAACUGCAAAGCAAGGAAGCCCAGGAAGGGAAUAAAGUCCGUCUUACUUGUGAGCUUAACAAACCAGAUGUGCCUGUGCAGUGGAUGAAAGGCAAUAUAGUCCUGGAAGCAGGGGACAAAUAUGAAUUCAAGCAAAGGGGUCCUGUGGCCGAGCUCGUCAUCCGGGACGCAAAGCCGUCGGAUGCAGGGGAAUAUAUUUGCAAGAGUGGAGACCUGAAGACUUCUGCGCGAGUGGAAGUGACAGCAGCCCCUGCCAUUUUUAAGGAAGAGCUUAAGGAUGUGGAAAAGAAAGAGGGCGAGACGGUCACUUUGCGCUGCGUCCUCGCCACGCCAGAGGUCAAAGUGGCAUGGAAGAAAGGUGUGACUCUCCUUCGAGCGAGCGAGAAGUACGAGAUGAAAAAGGACGGUUGUGUGGCUGAGCUGCUGAUUCACCACGCACAACCUGAGGAUGCAGGAAAAUAUACUUGUGAUGCGGGAGAGAAACAGAGCACAGCUCAGAUCAAAGUCCACGCUACACCUGUCAGUUUUAAAGAAAAACUGAAGAAGGCUGAAGCUCUGGAAGGUGGAGUAGCUACUCUCUGCUGUGAAUUAAAUAAACCUGCUCCGGUGGAGUGGGUGAAAGGACAAAAAACUUUACGGCCAGGCAGCAAAUACCGAAUGAAGAAAGAAGGCACAAUCAUUGAGUUGACAAUCCAUGAUCUGGACCUGAAAGAUGCUGGAGAUUAUACCUGCAUUUCUGGAGACCAACAGAUGACCGCAGUCUUAACUGUGAAUGCCGUGGCUGCGCAAUUCAAAACUCAACUGAAGAACCAGGAGGUGACCGAAAGUGGAACUGCCACUCUGCAUUGCGAGUUGACCAAAGCUGUAGAUUUGGUCACGUGGAUGAAGGAUGAAAAAGUACUGAAACCAAGUGAGAAGUACCGAAUGAGGUUAGAAGGACGCUUUGCUGAGCUGUCCAUCCAAGAUCUGGAGGUCUCAGAUGCUGGAAGUUACACUUGCAUGUGUGGGGAUCAGAAGACCAAAGCAACUUUGAAAGUGAAUGCACUGCCCGUGUUUUUCCAAGAAGAACUAAAAAACAAGGAAGGGAUUGAAGGGGAAUCUACCACUUUCCAAUGUAAGCUGAAUAAAGCAGCAACUGUGGAAUGGUACAAGGGAUCUAGGCUGCUAAAACCAGAUGGAAAAUUCCAAUUAAAACAGGAAGGUCCUUGUGUUGAACUGGUGAUCCAAAGCUUGGAUGUCAUUGAUUCUGGAGAUUAUACUUGCAAAUGUGGAGCCCAGAAGACUACAGCUAAAUUGACCAUAAAUGCCCUGCCGGUCCUCUUCAUCAAAUCCUUGAAAGAUGAAGAAGCUAUGGAAGGCAAAGUUGCCACUUUCCAGUGUGAGCUGAACAAAAUCUCUGCCCCCAUAGAGUGGAAGAAAGGACACAAGAUCCUUAAGUCAGGAAGCAAAUAUAAAAUGAAACACGAAGGAAAAAUUGCUGAACUGGUGAUCCAGAACUUGGAAGUAACAGAUUCUGGAAUCUAUGCUUGUAUAUCUGGAGAACAGCAAACCACAGCAACUUUAGAAGUCAAGGCUCUGCCCGUUCUUUUCAAAGAAGGGCUGAAGAACCGGGAAGCUGUUGAAGAUGCCACCACUACUCUCCAUUGUGAGAUGUCUAAAGCUGGGGCUGAGGUCCAGUGGAAGAAAGGAUCACAAACUCUUAAGCCAAGUGAUAAAUACAGAAUGAGGCAGGAGGGUCCUGUUGCCGAGUUGUUGAUUCGAGAUCUGAAGGUGGUAGACACGGGAGAUUACUCCUGUGUGUGUGGAGAUCAGAAGACCACAGCCGUCCUGACUGUUCAUGCUCUACCUCUGCGUUUCCAAGAAGAACUCAAAAGCCAAGAGGUCUUGGAAGGAAGAACGGCCAUUCUGCGCUGUGCCUUAAAUAAAACUGCCAUGGUGGAUUGGAGAAAAGAUGCACAGAUGCUCCAACCAGGUGCAAAAUACAAAAUCAAACAGAAAGAAAAUGUUGCAGAACUUACAAUCCAGGAUGUGACUGAAGAGGAUGCGGGAGAAUAUUCCUGUAUUUGUGAAGAUCAGACCACAUCAGCCUCUGUCACUGUGCAGGUGUUACCUCCAGGUUUCAAAGUCAACCUGAAGAACCUUGAAGCUGCUGAAGAUGGCGCUGCCAUUCUUCGGUGCGAGCUGACCAAAACUCCUGCCCUUGUGAAGUGGUGGAAGGGCAGUGAGGCUCUGAAGCCCAGUGACAAAUAUGAAAUGAAACUGGAAGGUGUGGUUGCUGAAUUGGUGGUCCACCACUUGCAAAUGGCCGAUACUGGGGAUUACAGUUGCACCAUUGGCGAUUCGAAGACUUCAGCUUUCUUAAGGGUGAAUGCCAUCCCUGCAAGGUUCAAGAAAGGUCUGGAAGACCAAGAAGCUACAGAAGGUGGAACUAUUGCUCUCCAGUGUGAGCUGACAAAAACGGCUACGGUGGAAUGGAAAAAGAAACACAAGGCACUGCGUGCAAAUGACAAAUACAGCCUGAAGCAGGAAGGCCCUGUGGUAGAGUGUGUGAUCCAUAACCUUGGUCUUGGAGAUGCUGGAGAAUACUCCUGUGUCUGUGGUGAUCAGAAAACCACUGCGGAUCUGGCAGUCCGCGCGCUACCUCCCCAAUUCAAACAGGAACUGAAGGAUGUGGCAGCCAUCGAAAAUGAAACAGCCAUGUUGCAUUGUGAGCUCACCAAAGCUGCUCCUGUGGAAUGGAUGAAGGAAGAAAACAAAUUAAAAGGGGACAAAUACCAGUUGAGACAGGAAGCGUCUGUCGCUGAGUUGGUAAUCCGCAAUUUAGAAGUUGAGGAUGCUGGACGUUACACCUGUAUUUGUGGAGAUCAGAAAACUUCAGCUGUAUUGACUGUUAAAGUCCAGAAGCCUGAAUUCACACAGCGACUGAAGGAUGAGAAAGUGGAUGAGGGCACCACAGUCAGAUUUCGUUGUGAGGUGACAGUCCCUAAAGCUCCAGCAGAAUGGCGCAAAGAUGGUGCAAAAAUCCAUGCUGGUCCCAAAUAUGACAUCAGACAAGAUGGUGGCGUCCAUGAUUUGCUCAUUCAUAACUUGGAACCCCAAGACAGCGGAGAGUAUUCGUGCAUUGUUGGAGACCAAACCACGUCUGCCACAUUAUCUGUGCAAGCCCUCAAGCCUGAAUUUGUACAGCGCCUGAAGGAUGAGAAAGUGGAUGAGGGCAGUACGGUCAAAUUUCACUGUGAGGUGACAGUCCCUAAAGCCGCAGCAGAAUGGUGUAAAGAUGGUGUAAGGAUUCAUGCUAGUCCCAAAUAUGACAUCAGACAAGAUGGUGGCGUCCGUGAUUUACUCAUUCGUAACUUGGAACCCCAAGACAGCGGAAAGUAUUCGUGCAUUGUUGGAGACCAAACUACAUCUGCCACAUUAUCUGUGCAAGUCCUCAAAGCUGAAUUCACACAACGGCUGAAGGAUGAGAAAGCAGAAGAGGGAAGCACAGCCAGAUUACACUGUGAGAUCACAGUCACUAAAGCCCCCGUGGAAUGGCACAAAGAUGGUGCAAGAAUCCACGCUAGCCCCAAAUAUGACAUCCAACAGGAUGGGGGCAUCCAUGAAUUACUCAUUCAUAACUUGCAACUCCAAGACAGCGGUGAAUAUUCAUGUAGCAUUGGAGACCAAACCACGUCUGCCACGUUAUCUGUGCAAGAAGUGGACAUCACCAUCAUCCAGGGACUGAAAAGUGCAGAGGUUUUGGAAGAGGAAGAAGUCACCUUUGAGUGCGAAGUCUCCCAUGACAACGCAAAAGAUGUGGAGUGGAAAUUGCAAGAUUUGUCGCUUCAAAACAAUCAGAUGAAUGAGAUCUCAGUCGAGAGAGGACGGGUGCACAAGUUGACACUCCGCAACGUCACCCAGCAGGAUUCUGGCAUAGUCACCUUCCGGGUGGGACCGUAUACCUCCACAGCGAGGCUCAGAGUGGACGCCCCGCAUCCUGACUUUCAGCAAGAGCUGAGCAACCUAGAAUUGCAAGAAGGCAGCACCGCUUUCCUCAAAUGCGAAGUCUCUAUGCUCAACGUCUCUGCUAUCUGGAAAAAAGGCUCGGAAGUCAUCGCUCCGAGCGCCAAGUACGAAAUCAGUCAGCAUGGAACGACCCAUAUUUUAAAGAUUUAUGGUGUAACUCGAAGAGAUUCUGGAAAAUAUAUUUGCGACAUUGGACACGGGAGAAGCAUGGCCACAUUAUCAGUGGAAGCUCUCUCAGCCCGUCCAGUGCUUUUUCAAGUCCAGCUGGAAAACCAGGAAGUCAAGGAAGGGGCAACGGUCACCCUGGCCACUGCGCUCACAAAACCUGAUGUGCCUGUCCAGUGGAUGAAAGGCUCUGCCCAGCUGCAGCCAAGUCACAAGUAUGAGAUGAGACAAAAGGCAUCGUAUGUGGAGCUGCUAAUCCGUGAUGCAGAAGUGGAGGAUGCAGGCCACUAUACCUGUCAAACCGAGGAUCAACAGACCACUGCAUCUGUGCUUGUCAAAGAAAUACCGGCCACCAUAGAAGAAAAAUUGAAAGACCUCACUGUUCAUGAAGGAGAGGAUGCUGUGUUUCGCUGUGUGGUUUCUCAUGAGAAGGCCAAAAACCCACAAUGGAGUUUGGCAGGUGUGCCUCUGCAAUCCAAUGAAAUGAACCAAAUUAGCAUGGAAGGCAAAAUUCACACCCUCGUUCUCCGAAAAGUCACCCUUGAAGACUCCAGCACUGUCAGUUUCCAAGUUGGUCAGAAUUCAACACAGGCUCAGUUAUUGGUACAAGCUGCGCCAAUAAUCCUCCUUAAAAAGCUGGAGAAUGCAGAAGUAGCCGAAAACGGCAUGGCCACUUUCCGCUGUGAGCUUUCCAAACCUGGCGUCCCAGUGGAGUGGAGAAAAGGAUCAUCCCUGAUACAGCCCAGCCAGAAGUUUGAAGUCAAGACAGAAGGCAAUGCCUACAUUUUAAUCAUCCAUGAUGUGGUUCCAGAAGACUCAGGACAAUAUAUGUGCAGUGCAGCUGACAAGAAAACCACUGCCAAGCUAAACGUUAAAGCUCUGCCGGUAUUGUUCAAGCGAGGUCUGCAGAACAAGGAGGUUGAAGUAGGAAACACUGUGUCAUUGUGUUGUGAGUUGUCCAAGCCGAUGUCACCUGUGGUGUGGAGAAAAGGAAACACGAAGCUUCAGUCGGGUGAGAAGUACGAGAUCAGACAAGAAGGGAACUUUGCUGAGCUUCUCAUUUAUGACCUGGAAAUUCAGGACGAUGGCGAUUAUACUUGUGAUUCAGGAGACCAGCAGACCACUGCCACAGUGAAGGUCAAAGUAUUACCCAUCUUCUUUGAAGAAGGGUUGCAAAACGUUGAGUCAGAGACUGGAGGGAUAGCUGUCCUAUGUGGCAAGAUCUCAAGUCCCAACACUCCCGUGGAGUGGCGGAAAGGGUCCCUCAUUCUGCAGCCCAGUGCCAAGUACGAGAUGAAGCAGAAAGGCCCCGCAGUGGAGCUGAUCAUCCAUGAUUUGGAACCGGAGGAUUGUGGGUCGUAUACAUGCAGCACCGGAGACGAGCUGUCCACAGCCUCGGUAUACGUGCAAGAAGAGGAAAUACAGAUAGUUUCUGGUUUAAAGAACACGGAUAUUUUUGCCGGGGAAUCAGCUACUUUUACCUGCGAGCUCUCCCGAUCCGGAACACAAAAAGCGCAGUGGUGGCUGGACGGCUCCCCUCUUCACAACAGCCCUGCAAAUGAAAUCUCGGUGCAAGGUGGGACCGUUCACAAGCUGAUCUUAAAAGACCUGGGUCUCAAUGAUUCAGGAACAGUGAUCUUCCGAGCAGGUUCUCUGAUAUCCUCGGCUAAGUUACUAAUCAAAGAUCCGACCAUCGAGGUAGUCAGCCCCAUGCAGGACCUAACUGUGGAAGAAGAUGGGACUGCGGAACUCAUCUGCCAGUAUUCUCGGCCAGUGCAGGCCAUCUGGAAGAAGGAUGAUCAACCUCUUUGGGGAGAUGGCCAGCGAAUUGUGGUUGAGCAGGACUGGAACGUGGCCAGAUUGAAAAUCAAGCCGGCUUUUCCUGGUGACACGGGGAUUUACUCUUGUGAAGCUGGAGGCACCAAAGUGGUGGCCAUGCUUGACGUUCAAGCCAAGAACACAGUCAUCCAGGGCCUCGAGAACGUGGAUGCGAUGGAAGGAGGAGAAGCUCUCUUUGAGUGUUAUCUUUCCAAACCAGAAAUCUACAAUUAUAACUGGCUGAUCGAUGAUGUGCCGGCAAAAACAUCUGAAAAUGUAGAGCUGGUUUAUUUUGAAAAUGGGCUUCGCCAUCUUCUGCUUCUGAAGAACCUCAAAGUCCAAGACAGCUGCAGGGUGACCUUCCAAGCGAGCGAUGUGGUCACGUCUGCCUUCUUGACCGUAAAAGGAUGGAGACUGGAAUUCUUGCAGCCACUGACGGAUGUCACCAUCUGUGCUGGGGAACAAGCUGUCUUCACCUGUGUGUUAAGUGAAGCAGUACCCAUCCAUGAGGUUGCCUGGUAUAUUAAUGACAUAGACAUCCAACCAGACGAAAAUUGGAGAAUUGAAGUAGAAGAAAAUAGCUACAAACUCAUCCUAAAGAAAGCUCAGCUUCUCCACUCUGGAGAGAUAACUUUUGCUGCCAGAGAUGCUAUUGUGUCUGCAAAAUUGACUGUCACAGAACCUGUUGAAGUCACUCAGCCUUUGGUUGACCAGUCUGCUACGCAAGGAGAGAAGGCCAAGUUGCAGUGUGAAUUUUCCAGUGAGACCCAAGAGGUGAUUUGGGUCAAAGGGAAAGAACCGAUCCAGCCUGGUGGACGAUAUGAAAUCAUCUCCGAAGGCAAAAAACAGACACUCAUCAUACACGAUUUUAAAUUUGAAGAUCAAGGAUCCUACACCUGUAUCACCUCGCCUGAAAUAAAAACUUCUGCCAAUCUUUUGAUUGAUGUUUCUUCUGUGUCAAUGUUGAAAGAAGUUGUUGAGGAAGCACCAAUCUCUAAAGAGCCAACAAAGGUAGCAGAUGAAGAGGUUCAACCUAGCUUGCCACCCGAAGCUGCUCAGGAAGGGGACCUCCACCUUCUGUGGGAAGCUCUGGCCAAGAAGCGGAGGAUGAGUCGCGAGCCGACCUUGGACUCAAUCAGUGAACUGCCCGAAGAAGACGACAAACUUCAGAAGAGGAAGAAGGAGGAACUGGAGAUAACCGCAUACUACUCCGAGGAAUACUCUACUUGCGAUGAGUCCGCAAAAGCUGGAGAAGCAGAUUUUUCCAUCACAAGUUCAGAUGACGAAUCUAGAGCUGGGACACCUUCCUUAAUCACCUACCUCAAGAAGGCUGGGUCAUCUACAAUGAGCAUCAGUCACAAAGUCAUAGAGAAAAUCCCUCAAGAUCAGCAGAAGGUUGGUGAGGAACCAUCUCCUCCUGCAGAGUCAACUGAAAUGGAGAUCACUGAAGGGGACUUGGAGGACCCUUCCAUGUCUCAAGCUGCCGUCAAAAUCCAAGCAGCCUUCAAAGGUUACAAAGUGAGAAAGGAAAUCAAACAGCAGGAACGUCCAGUCUUUGCGGACACCUUCAAGGACUUUGUUGGCAAGAUAGGAGACACUCUCCAUCUGGAUUGUGUGGCCCACAGCAAGACAGACAUGACGGUCAGUUGGCUGAAAGAUGGUAAUGAAAUUAAGGAUGGGCGGCAUUAUCAUAUAGACAAUUACAAUGAUGGGACCUGUUCCUUGAUUAUCGCUGGUGUGGAAAUGAAUGACAAGGGGAAGUACACUUGUGAAGCCUCCAAUAAAUUUGGCAAGGUCUCCCACAGUGCCAAGGUGACCAUCCAACCUCAAGCACCUUCUCGAAAACCGAAAACUGCCAACAAGCUUCCCGACAGCGAAUCAGAGAGCUCAUCUGGCAGCGAAUUGGACGAUGCUUUCCGUAAAGCCGGUCGGAGGCUCCACAAGCUGUUCAAGUCCAAAAUCUCCACUGAGAUCUCCGAUGUCGACGAGGAACUGUUUGUCAGUGCGGACGAGGGAGAAAUUGAGGCAGUGGAUCGUCAGACCUAUCGGGAAGACGAACGCUACAUCUACAUCAAGUUUGAAGUUCACACGGAGGCCAAAACAGCUGCGGGUCGAUUUCAGGAGAUGUUUGCCGCUAUGGGUAUUCCUGUUGAGAUUGACAUUUUGGACCAGGGUCCUAAAAAGAUAGAGUUGCGUAUUGGGAAAGCCACUUCACCUCCUGCUGGACAGUUGCGGACUUUGGUUCAACGGCCACCACCUACUUUGCUGACCUCUGAUACUGCUCCAGUCUUCAUCACUGAACUUCAAAAUCAAGAGGUGCAGGAUGGUUACCCGGUCAGUUUUGAUUGCGUGGUGAUUGGCAAGCCAAUGCCGACUGUCCGGUGGUUUAAAGAUGGCCAUGUUCUUGAAGAAGAUGACCAUUACAUGAUCAAUGAGGACCAGGAAGGAUGUAAUCAACUGAUCAUCACAGCGGUGGUCCCUCUUGACAUGGGGGUCUACCGCUGCGUGGCUGAAAACAGCAUGGGGGUGUCUUCAACAAAAGCCGAGCUACGAGUGGACCUAACCAGCACAGAUUAUGAUACAGCCGGAGAUGCAACGGAGACCUCGUCGUACUACAGCGCUAAGGGUUAUCUGUCCAGCCGGGAACAAGAAGGAGUGGAGUCAACAACAGAAGAGGAACAGUUGCCUCAAAUCAUGGAUGAACUUCACGAUAUUCAUGUGGCGCCUGGAGCCCCUGUUGCCAAAUUCCAUUUAAAAGUGAAAGGUUUCCCUGAGCCCCGUCUCUACUGGUUCAAAGAUGGUCAGCCGUUACACACAAGUGAUCGUCUCCAAAGGACAGACAGCCAUGAGUUUCACGCUCUGGAAGUUCUCCAGGUCACCAAAGAGGACGAUGGCCAGUAUUCUGUCUUCAUCACCAACUCUGCUGGGUCUGCAUAUUCUGCAGCCAGGCUCAUAGUCAAAGGAGCUGGUGAGGACAGAAAACAAGAAAAAGACAUUUAUGAACAGCUGGUGCCACCAAGAUUCCUGGAAAGAUUUACCAACAAGAAAGUGAGGAGAGGAGUCAGCAUUACCCUUUCAGUGAAGGUGGAAGGGACUCCGUCACCCUCAGUAACGUGGUUAAAGGAAGAAUCUCAUGGUGAAGACAUCCUCUGGAUCAAAUCGGAUACUCCAGGUUAUAAACUGGCCAGUUCCAAUAUGCAGCACAGUCUGAUCUUAUUGGAUGUGGAAAAAACCUAUAGUGGAAACUAUACGUGUAUUGUCUCCAAUCAGGCUGGUCAGUCUAUCUGUAGUGCUUCAUUGGAAGUUUUGGAUGUGAAAGAGACUGAAUCUCUGACUCAGGAGCGUGUGAUGGUGACAGAGGCCAUCAUGACAUCAAUUGGAGCUCAAGCUUCUGAAGUCAGAAAAGGACAGCACAUGGAAGGUGACACAGUUCAGAGUCAGAUUUCUCUAACUGAAGUGGGAACCGAGGAAUUUCUGCAGAAACUGACAUCUCAGAUCACGGAAAUUGUAUCUGCAAAGAUAAGUCAAGCUUCCCUCCGAGUUCCUGGGGCUGACAGUGAUGAUGAAUCAAAAACACCGUCGGCGUCUCCACGGCACGGCAGGUCCAGACCUUCCUCAACUGCUCAGGAAUCUUCCUCCGAAUCCGAUGAAGGGGAUGCAAGGGGAGAGCACUGA